CAUGUGAAACCAUAAAUAAUUAUACUGUUCAUUUGUUUUAAAAUUGUAGUGCCUUCUUCCAUACAAGUAAUACAAGAUCAGAAUGUAACAGAAGGCAACAAUUUGACUCUGACAUGUAAUGCAUCUGGAAUCCCUUCACCAAUGGUGUCUUGGAUUAAGCCUGAUGGUCAGAGUGAAUAUGGAAGUGUGUUAAAGGUUGUGAACAUCAGAGGAAAUCAAACUGGAGCGUACAGAUGUGAAGCCAGUAACGAUUGUGGCAAUGCAACAGAGAUGACAAGCAUUGAUGUGCAAUUCAAACCCAAGAAAGUGCUACUGACAACAUCUGCAAUGAACAAAACAGCCUGUCUGGGUGACGUCAUCAACUUUACCUGCUCAGCUGAUGCUAAUCCAACAGUGACCUCAUAUCAGCUGUUCAAGAAUGACAGUUCCAUUUUCGAUACAAGCAUGUCAGGAAUGUGGAAUGAGACUUUGGAAAUUGCAGGAGUGUUUUUCUACAGAUGUGUGGCAAAUAACACGCUGGGAUCAACACACAGUAAAGAUGUCAUGCUAACAGUCAGUGGAGGGNUUAUGCAACUGGGUCUUUUGGCGUCUCAGUGUUUUCUACAUGCACCGUCUUUCACAGGAUAUCAAGGCGAGACGGAAAGGACAAUUCCCGUCUUGCCUGAUGAAUUAAGUGGAAAAACUAUCGAAACAACUUUUACACCGUGUGUUUGCCUUAAACAAUGUCUAACUUAG